CUGUUUAUCACAGGUAUUAUUUCAGUGACUCGGUACAGCUCGGCUCGUUUCGGCUCAUUCCGUCAUGGAUCUCCGUCCCCUCGGAGCGGACUGAGCGGAGAGUCGGCGCUCGGAGAAAUCCCCCGGUUUCUACAAUGGCAGACAGGUACCAAGAACAGCUGCAGAAAGAUGCACUGUUCCUCUGCUCUGACCAGCACGUGGACACUGAGCUUCUGGACAAACUUGUGCUCCAGCUGAACCGCAUUUACCCCCAGAUACUGACAGACAGAGAAGCACAGAAAUUCCGUAACCUGAGUGUUCCUGCUGUCACACGGCUGGCUGAGCUGCUGAGCUAUCUGCAGGAGAAAGGGGAGGAGGCAUGUCACGAGUUUUAUCGAGCCCUGCACCUCCACAAUGAAGACCUGUACCUUAGUCUGCCCACACGUGUGUCUCGCAGGGAAGCUCCAGAACUAAGUGGAUCAAACCCUAAAGUUUUCUACAGGGACCGCUGUGUGUUUAACGACAGGGGUCCUCUCUUCUUCCUCUGUUGUUUCAGCAUAGCUUUGGGUCUGGCUUUAAUUCACUACCACAAGGAGGGGAAGAUUGUGACUGAUUCUGUCUUCAGCUGUACAGUGUUAGAACUGGGCCAACAUGCCAAGCAUAUACUCCUGUCCUACUCCAAGAACGGAUGCAAGAUGGAUUAAAGAAAGUUAAAAAAGAAGCAUGCACUUCUGUGGACAGGACAUCUUAAAAUAUUCACUAUGCCAAAUUAGGUUGAGCUAACACUUUAGUCAGCUAUUCAUAAAAACAUUUCUGUAAAUAUUUGUAGAUGACUUGUUCUAAGAACAAAGUUAGUCUUUGUAUGCUCUUUAAAAGAGUGUCUUUUUAGGUGGCCUCCUUUAAACAUUUAAACAUUAUGAUUCUGUUUGGUUUUCAGUGAAAUUAUUUGGUAAAGUGCAUGAUAAUUUUUAUUAGGCAGGAAAUUGAGGCCACUAGAUUUUUUAUGUACAGUUGUCGAAUGAACUCAUUUUAAUAUUGAAUAUAAUAGGGCAGCACAAUAUAUAUUGUUUUAUUAUCAACACUGCAAUGUGCUCAUGCAUAAUAGUCACAUAGCAGGGCAUGCAACUGCAAUAAAAAAAAUGUUUUUUGCAGCUUGAUACAACAGGAAAAUUACAAAAUAGCUCCUUCAUUCAUGUGCAUUUGAGUCGCUUGAGGAUUGAGGAUCACCGAGUUGCAAGUUUCAGACUGUCUGAUAAAGGCAGUGUUCUCUAUUAAUGUUAAAGGUGAAUAGAAGUCUGCAGGAUGUGCCUCUAGUCUCAGUCGACUGUGUGCAGGUUUGAAACUUUAUCUUCUAGACUUAUGAUUCCAGCCUCAUUUAGCUGGAACAUGGUCGCACAAAUGGUGGUUUAGCAAAGGUUUCAACAGUAUUCACAUCAUUUCUCAGGUAAAAUGAUAGAUUCUAGAGUUUAAAAUACUUCUGUAGAAGUUUUUACUCUUUAAAUAAAAGUGUAAACGUACUGGAUUCAAAGCUACUUUAAGUAUAAAAGUAAUAUAAGAUGAAAAAAUUCCAUAAGUACAAAAGCUUAGGCCACACCACAGGAUCCUAUAGUGCACCACCCCCCUCCCCAAAACACAUUUUUCUAAAAACCAUAAUAACUAUAAUAAUAUAUAAAAAUGUUAAUGAUAAAUUUGUGAUGUACUAGGCUCCCUGUUUCAGCUGAAUACAUGCCCAUUGAAAAUGAAUGUAUUUUACUACAAUGUUAAUAAAUUAAAGAAGCUUAGUUGGGAUGUUUGGCUCGAGUUCUCUCGCUUAUCAUCUUCAUACGUCUGCUAUGUUCUUCCUGGCGUGACAAGUGAUUUUGCUAUCAUGAUUGGGAUUUUAUUAAACGACGAGAGGCCGGAAUGAAAACAAGCUAAAAUAAAAUAGGAGUAAGGAGGCUAUUUUUAAAAUGUAAGGAGUAGAAAGUUCAGAUCAUUCUAAAAAAAAAAUUACUCCAGUAAAGUAUAGCUAAACACCAUUUGACACCUCUGUGAUUUAGUAGUUAGCGGAUCUCUUUUUAGAAGCUAGUGGUUAGUCUGUUAGCAGUCUGCUUCUUAGCAGUUAGCCUGUUAGCAACUAACUCCUAAACUAAUGGGAUGUAUCUAACUAAGGCUUCACUCUCUUAGAAAUGAAUUUUUAACAUCAGUACUAAAAACAGCUGUACUGAGCUGUAGUACCUGCCUGUAUGAAAAAGGUGAAUACUGCCUAAGCCCACACUGCACUCCUUUUCCAUGACAUACAGAAUCAAUUUAUCAAUUCUAUAUGAUAACAUAAGUGUUCUUUCAUAUAUUGAAUGUAUUUGAUGUUAAUCAACAAUGUGGAAAAUAAUAAAAUAAAAAAAACACUGAAUGAGAA